UUGCAUUUUGCGUCUUGCGUUUUUUGAGAUUGUCUUUUGCGCUCACCCCCUGUCUCCUUACCUCUCUCGUCUCUCCCUCUUUUUUAUCUCCCCAUCCAAAUUGGCUUGUUAUCUUUAUCCUCAGAUUAUCCGAAUUUACUGGGGAUAUACUCCUCUUUUCACAAGUUCCCUAAGAGUUCUUUUCCUCGUGGUCCCCUCCACCCCUCCUAAUCUCUCCUAUUUUUUUAUCUCCUCAUAAAAAUCUAACAAAUUUUUAUUAUUAUUUUUAUUUUUCGAUUACCUAAACAACUAAACAUUUUUUCUACUCUUUUUUAUCAUUAAAUUACCAAUUUAUUUUUUUAAACAUUUUUAUCAUUAAAAUCGUUUCCUUUUAAGUAUAUUUUUUAAUGUUUCCCUCAUUUUACACAAUUUUUUUCUAAAUGUAAAAUUCGUUGCGUUGUUGAAUCACAUCCCCUUUUUUUAUAUUUUUACCUAUGUUGUUUUCUACCCAUCAUUUUUCCAAUUUAUUUAUUUUACAUUUUCCGGUUAAUUUCCUCCUUAGUAUUCCCCCCAUCAUUUUAUUUUUUUUCUCAAACCUUGUUUUCUUUGAUCAAACUAUUUUUGAGUUCUUGUUAAUUUUCAAUUUAAUUUAAGUCAUCAUAUUUAAUUUCCAAAUCUCUUUAAUCAAACCUCAAGUAUUAUUUAUUUUUUCAACUCUUUUACUUGUUCAAGACCAGUGAUUGGAAUUUUGAAAUUUGCUCGUACUCGUGCACUUACUUUCGUAUAGGCCUUUAUUACCUCGUACACAAGUACGUGUACGAAUUUUGGUUCGAGCUUCCAACCACUUUUAAGACUGCCCCCAUUAUCAAAACCUAACUGGGAGGUCGUAUUAAAAUCUCGAUCUCGGUAACCAAUAUUUUUGUUCAAGAUCCGUCUCAGUCUGGUAUCUAGUCAGGACAACCCCCAUAAAGACCCACCACUCUCUAUCAGAAAACCUGAAUUACUAUAAUAUAAUAGGUUAAAUUGGGGUGUCUUUUACUUCGAGAUACCUUACUAUUUCUAGUUCAUUUAUCCUCAGACCCCUCACAUUUUUAACUGUUCAACCUUCUGUGAUUAAAAACAUGAUCUUAGCUACAUAUCUCCAAAAAUUUUUA